CAAGAUAAAAGCGAGUUUCCUUUUGGUUGUGCCAUUCAAUCUGAUUUAAUUGUUGAUCCUGCUUACAUAGGUUAUCAGGAUUUCUUUUACGAUACGUUUGAAUGGGGCGUACUGGCCAAUAAACUCAAGUGGAAGCAAAUGGAGAAGACUCGGGGAGUAAUAGAUCACGAUACACCAUUAAACGCCAUCAAUGCCUUACGAGCCAGAGGUAUUAAAAUACGAGGUCAUGCAGUAUUUUGGGGAAUAGAGAAGAACGUACCAGUAUGGCAGAUACCACUACCUGAUAAUGAGAUCAAUGGAACCAACGUUGAUAGACUUAAUGACAUCAUUCCAACUACUAAGGGAUUAUUAGAACAUUGGGAUGUAAAUAAUGAGAAUGUUCAUGGUAAUUAUUAUGAAGAAAGAACUGGAGAUGUUAAUAUUACUCAGUGGAUGUUUAGAGAAAUCCAUAAACGUGAUCCUGAUGUCAAACUCUUUCUCAAUGAUUUUGGAAUUGUUAACGAAAGAUAUGCUGGUUCUUCGUACUAUAACCAAGGUAAAAUGCUGAAGGAAGCCGGAGUACCUAUUUAUGGAUUUGGAAUACAAAGUCAUCUUAAUAACUACAUGGAGCCGUCGGUAUUAAAGUUCCGGUUAGACAGAAUUGCUCGAUUGGGGUUACCAAUAUGGAUCACUGAAUUAGAUUUUACCAAUGAGAAUAAAACAGCUCAAGCUGAGUACUUAGAUGAUGUAAUGCGGCUGUACUUCAGUCAUCCUGCUGUUGAAGGCAUCAUGCUCUGGGGAUUCUGGAUUGGUAAGAUUAGUGCACCAGAGAAAGCUUUGGCUGAAGGUCCAGCUGAUAACGUUCAGGUAACAUUGAAUAUAUUCCAAAAGCAAAAUGAAUGUACUAGAAAGCAGAUUGAGAAAUGA